AGAGCUAAGCAAAACAAGGAAGAAAGAGAGAGGGUUUCAUGAUUAGGGAGAUCGAUCGAUGGCUCAUCGUGUUUUGAAUUGAUUUUCUCUCCCGCCGCGGUGUGUGUUCUUCUCAGAUCUCGUGUGUUUGGGGUUGUCUCUGUCUGAUCUUCCCCAUUUUACUAUUUUGAUCUAGCUCAUCAAACCAUGGAAGCUACGGAUAUCUAAUUUGCUUAUUCAUGGUUAAUUGGUUUCCCCAUAAUUUGUUUGUUCAAUUGCAUUGGGCUUUUGGGCUUGACACCUGCUUGACAGAAAGAAAGAUUCUUUCUUCCAGUGCUGCAUCCGCUGCCAAGCGUGAUUGUUUCUGAUUUUUGUCAUUGCUUCAUGUCUCCAAACUUGGACAGUCCUGUUCAGACUCAGAUGGCUGUAGCAGCUUUCAACAGUUUGUAUGGAAACAACAAGAUGGAAGGAAAGCCCUCAGGAAGGAGGCGAGUCUUUGUUCAGACCGAAACUGGUUGUGUGUUGGGAAUGGAACUUGAUCGAAGUGAUAAUGCACAUACUGUAAAGAGAAGAUUACGGCUUGCACUAAACGUUCCAACAGACGAGAGCUCGUUGACAUUUGGUGAUAUGAUUUUGAAAAACGACCUCAGUUCUGUUCGAAACGAUGCACCUCUUCUGUUAACGCGAAACUCCAUCCAUCGAAGCUCAUCAACCCCUUGUCUAUCGCCUACUGGAAGAGAUGUUCAACAAAGAGAUUGGAGCGGUCCGAUUGAGAUACUAGGGAAAUCAACUCACUUUGCCCGAACAAAGCAAAUCGUUAAGGAAAUUGUCAAGGCAAUGAAAAUAGGUGUUGAUCCACUUCCUGUUCACAGUGGGCUGGGAGGUGCGUACUAUUUUCGAAACAGUAGAGGGGAGAGUGUUGCUAUUGUGAAACCUACUGAUGAAGAGCCAUUUGCACCUAACAACCCAAAAGGAUUUGUGGGUAAAGCUCUAGGUCAACCAGGAUUUAAACGUUCUGUUCGUGUUGGAGAAACGGGGUUUAGAGAAGUUGCAGCUUAUCUCCUUGACUAUGAACAUUUUGCAAAUGUACCUCCUACUGCAUUGGUAAAAAUUACUCAUUCCAUUUUCAAUAUAAACGAUGGUGUAAAUGGAAACAAGUCUCUGAAAAAGAAUCUGGUCAGCAAAAUUGCUUCAUUUCAACAAUUUAUCCCUCAUGACUUUGAUGCCAGUGACCAUGGAACAUCCAGCUUCCCUGUUGCUGCUGUUCAUCGUAUAGGUAUUCUUGAUAUCAGGAUCUUCAACACAGACAGGCAUGCAGGAAACCUUCUUGUUCGGAAGCUUGAUGGUGUUGGGAGGUUUGGUCAAGUGGAACUAAUCCCCAUUGAUCAUGGCCUCUGUUUACCAGAGUGCUUAGAGGAUCCUUAUUUUGAGUGGAUACAUUGGCCUCAAGCUUCAAUUCCUUUUUCAGAGGACGAGCUCGAGUACAUAGCAAAUCUCGACCCAUUUAAGGACUCUUCCAUGUUACGAAGUGAACUUCCCAUGAUCCGUGAGGCAUGCCUACGUGUUUUGGUCUUGUGCACAGUUUUUCUCAAGGAAGCUGCUGCCUAUGGUCUCUGUCUUUCUGAGAUUGGAGAAAUGAUGAGUCGGGAACACAGAAGGGAUGAAGAAGAGCCUAGCGAGCUCGAGGUUCUGUGCAUUGAGGCAAGAAAACUAGUAGCCGAAAGAGAGAUGCUAUCACCAAGGACCGAAGCAGGAGGAGACGAGUUUCAAUUUGAUAUUGACUGUGAAGAAGCAGAAUUUGACUUUGCUCCGAAAAUGGGAUCUGAAAUUUUCAAUAGAGCUCCCUAUCCGUUUGGACAUGGAGGCAGUAAUGUUCGUUCUCUGCUUUCUAAGCUGGAAGAAAGCAUUGAGGAAGAGGAAAGCGAGGAGAAUGAGGAUACCAAAAAUGAGGAAACCAACCUUCCUGUUAAAGAUGUUCCAACAAUUUCAAAUAUAUCUUUGUCUCUGAAGAAUACUACUCUUGGUGAUAAAAACAAAAAUUAUGUAAAAUCAUCUGGAGCAAAAGCAAAACAAGGAAAUUCUGCAAGUUCGUCUUCAGGGCACAGAAGUUCUAAUGAGCAGCUUCCACCCAGUGUGAGCUUUGUGAAGCUAGCAGACAUGAAUGAGGAGGAAUGGACACUUUUCUUAGAGAGGUUUCAGGAGCUUCUACGUCCUGCCUUUGCAGAGCGAAAAUGUGCAACUCUUGGUCCCAAGCAGAGGCAGAGGCUUGGAACAUCAUGUCAGUUUUGAAAAGAGUAAAUUCUUAUGUUACUUACUGGAAGAGAAUGGUUGUUGAGAGAAAUAAGCAUGGUUUUACCGGAGUGGCGGUGAAGGCUUCUUAGGGUAGGCUAUGUUGUAGUACUGGUUGUCUCUAUUAAGUUGUCGUAGUUUAUAGCAAGAGGUAGGACGGGUUGCCUGUAAAUAUCUUUCGAAAAAGCUGCUAAGUGAAACGUCAAAUAUGGGCUUGUUUGUAUU